AUGUAUACCGAGGAUAGCGAGGAAGCUGCAGCCAGCGCUCGUCGACAGCUACAAUGGUUUUUGGAUCCAUGUCACGAAUCGUCUACGAACGAGUCUUCAAGCCAGUUUUUGGAAAAUUUCAGAGAAGACCAUAUAAGAUGUGAUGAUGUGGAAAUCCUUAACAGAGCUGGAGAUGGCUAUGUCGAACGACAUUGUCAUAACGAGGAAUUACCGGAUCAAUCACCAUUCCUCCGUCGGAUCUCUUAUGAGGAUAUGCACUGCUCUUGUUUGAUAAAAUGUGCUGACGGCACAGAGUUUUUUCGAUAUGCCGGUUGUCAUUGCCCACAUGACGAAUUUUUUCUACCUGAAGCGGGAUGUCUUGAUCCGGAUUGCAUAUGGAAAACUGAUGAUAGGCAGCGAUGGACUAUCACAAAUGUUACAGGUUCUCGCGCAGCCUUUGCCUCUAUAACUCUACCUCCAGGAAACGGUUCUGCAUCUCUGUAUAGCCCAUAUUAUCAACAGAUCUCAAUUCAGGUCUGA